AUGAAUCAUAUGGAACCGGUACCUCAAAAGACACUAUGGAACAAUCUGAAAGAGUUGAAUCUGAAACGCGCAGCCCAAGAAUGCUUUGGCGCCUCCAGAGACACUAAGGAGCAGUUUGAAAGAACUGAUCGGCAGAUUAUCCAGGAAUUGCAAAAACACAUCCACACGACUCACUAUGGUAUCGGGCUUACCACACUUUUGAAAGUUCGAAAGACAAUGGGUCUUCAACGUAUCCAUCAACAGUGUCACACAGUCGAAACCAUUCGUGAUGCAAUGCUCGAUUUAUGUGCUACAUAUCCGAAUGCUGGUGCAUGUGAAAUGGUGAGUCUACUAUACCAUGAACGGGAAAUGAGUGUUGCUAGGAGGGUUGUGACAGAGUACUUUGCUUUGUACGAACCGGAACUUGUUUGUCAGUGCAAGGCUUGUCGCCUUCGAAGGAGACGCUUCUGGGCAGCUGGCAUGAAUGAUUUAUUCACAGUCGAUCAGCAUGACAAGUGGCUCAGAUUCAGUCUUGGGCUGCAUACUGGCAUUGAGCCUUUCUCUGGUCGUAUAAUGUGGAUUCGGGUCUGGCAUUCCAACCGAAAUCUGCAGCUCAUUCUGAGUUACUACCUUAACACAAUCGAGGUUCUCGGUUAUAUGCCAAUGUAUCACGACAAAGCUUUACAUGGUACGCUCCAGCAUCGUUGGAUGCGAACGAAGAAGAAUGUUAUGCCAGAGAUCGCACGGUCUCAACUGCGCCGGUGGUUCACACCUGGAUUCGAGAAUCUUCUUGAUCAUGGUGUCAAUUCUGGUUGGUAUGAUUCAAAUAAUACCCUUCAAGUGAUGGUUUUCCGUUGGGUUUUCAUACCGUGGCUUCAGCAGGAGCUCGAUGCAUAUCAGGAUCGUAUUAACAAUACUGCCAAGCAGCACGACCACAACAAAAUUCUUCCUCAUGGAGUACCCAAUCUUAUCUACCAUUCAGCUGAAGAUUUUGGAGCAUUGGAUUUCAAGAUUCAAAUUGAACCCAAGGCCCUAGACUUUCCCUCUCAUUGCAUGUUUGACCUGGUCCCAGAGGGUUUCAGCAAAUGCAUCCAGCAUUGCUACAAUGAUCUCGGUCGCCCAGUUAUCACACGACAAUCAGUCUGGGACACAUAUCGGCUUCUGCUAGAUGCCCUCCAGCUUGCUGACAAGUUACCAAGUGAAAUUCAGCUGCAGGAUGAUGAAGAUGAAGAUUUUGUUCCACUUUUAGAUGACUAUCAAGACUUACCUUCUUGCGAGGAUCCCAAUGGCACCUAUUAUAUGGGUGGUGUGGGCGGAGGACUUGGCCUUGACACUGAACACUGUCGUCAACUAGAUGUUCUUUCACACAGUGAUGAGCUGGAUAUCACAACAUGGAUUGACGAAAGCUUGGUCGGUCUUGAUCACACUGGUUUGGUGGUUUGGGAGUUCUCGGAUUGUGAAAGUAACGAUGAAAUGGUAGAUGGAUGGUGA